AUGACCAUGUCACCUUGGUCUCUGCGCCCGUUCGUCAUGCUGAGCAGGGGUUGGGUGCUGUCAACGGACACCCCCCUGCACUCAUUCCACCCGAAAAGCGGAAGGAAGGCAAAGACAAAAGUAACCAUCGGCUUCCCCGCCCGUGUUCUCUCUCACGCUCCACUGGUUUUGCUUGCCGCCAUCAAUGCGCAGCGCAACGCAACAUCAAUGUCGAACAUGUUCGCCGUCGUCGUCGCGGCACUGUCUACCGUCAUCUUCUUCAUGCGCGGCAGCCAGCCAGCCACAAUACUGUCUGCUGUGGGAAUUUGA